AUGGCUUCUGAUGUUCCUGAGAAUGUUAAUGAAAUACUGUCACAUAUGCAUAAUGCUUCCAUAGCAACUUCAGAAGAUAUUCGCAAUAUUGUGUUUCUUUCAACUGUUGACUUAUCUAGAGGAAAUAAAGGAUGGAAAUGGGCAGUUGCUGGGAAAGUUUUUCGUGAAGAACUAAUGUCCAUUGGGGUUGUGGUUUAUCAUGUUCGUCAUGUUUGGUCUAAAUAUCAAGAACUUGAAGUUCGUACACCUGCUCCACUGAUCUUUCAGGUCAGGUUUAACUCUAAAGAUGAUUUGAAAGAAAUUCUCAAACAUGUUCCUUGGUCUUUGGGUGGUUAUAUGUUUCGUAUUCAUCGUUGGACUCCUUCGAUAGACUAUAGGACUUUAAACUUUGGUUUUCAAUGCUUUUGGAUAGACUUUAAAGACUUGGUACCAGAAUUUUUUGAUGUAGAUGUUAUUUAUGCUAUGGAUGGUCUGGUAGGUCAAGUUCAAAAAAUAAUCCCAGAUGAUGCUAAUCCCACUGAUUCAAAUGUGGUUAGUGUUUGUGUUAAUAUUGACCUUAAGAAGCCACUUAUUCGUGGAAUUCUAGCGGUUACUGCUUCUGGUUAUGUUCAAUGGGUUCUCUUCUUUUAUCAUCAACAAACUCACAAUAUAUGUCCAUCUUGCUAUAUUAUUGAUCAUGUUGAAGCUGAAUAUGAAGAAAAAGCUGCUGAACUCAAUACUCGUGCUCGUACAAUCUAUAAAUUUGGAAGUCAUGGAGUUGAAAUUGCCAAUAAUGAUCCUGAUGAGGAUGAUCCUGAUUUAGGUGAUGCUUCUAUCAUUCAAUCGAACCCUUGUAAUCGUCGACAUCGGACUAAUAAGAAAGUUUUUGUAAAACCUGAUGAUGAUCAGUUGGUGAGAAAUUUUUCAGUAUCUAACUCUAUUACUCGGACUGAGAGGUCAGCUCUUCGUAAAUACAAACGCACUCGUCAACAAGCUCUCCUAUCUCAGUCUGCUUCGAAUUCUACUUUUACUCAGCCUAUGCAAGAGGAUGACAAUCAGGAUGCAAAUGCCACUUCGACCUCUGCUCAUCAAUUCAUGAUGCAACAACACCAACCUUUGCAGCCAGUUGUUGGGGAGUGUGAUGGGUUUCUUCCUUCAGCUCAUGAUACCACUAGGAAGACUCUGACAAACUGGGAUGAUCAGACCAAAUCUAGUGAUAGUAAGGUUCAGUCUCUCUUGUACUCUCUGAAUUAUCCUCAUCUUUGUUCUUAUAAUAUAAGAGGUGGUGCUGGGGGUAUUGCUUUACUAUGGAAAGAUGGCUUUCAUCUCGAGCUUAUGCAUCAUACUUCAACUAUGGUGAAUGUUAUUGUUCAUUCGGGUCCAACUGAUUCUGAGUGGGUUCUCACUUGCUUAUAUAGCUCUACUUACAUGGCUGAAAGGCAACAACAGUGGCAGUUAAUUCGAGAGAUGGGAGAUCAUAUGGAUUUGCCUUGGGUUAUUAUUGGAGAUUUUAAUUCUACACUUUGUAUUUCUGACCGACAAAGUUACGCCAUCCAUACUGCUCCUUCUCAUCCAGUUAUUACUUAUACUGUGGAUUUACUAGGACUCACUGAUAUCCCUUUUACAGGUAAUCCUUAUACAUGGUCUAAUAGAAAAUAUUCAGCUACUUUUAUUCGUACUAGAUUGUAUCGUGCUUUGGGUGAUAUUUUGUGGCAUCAUCUCUUUCAUAAUGCAGUUAUUCAUAAUCUUUUACCAAUUGGUUCAGAUCAUGCACCCAUAUUACUGUCUACUGACCCCACUUUGUCUAGUAUGUCAAUACCGUUUCGGGUUUAUGAAUCUUGGUUUCAACAUCAUACUUGUAAGCCUCUUGUUCAAUCACAAUGGAAGUCUACUAUUAAUGGUUCUGCAGCUAGUAAUUUCACUCACAAGUUGUCCCAUACUUCUACUGCUCCGAAAAAAUGGAGACGUGAAAAUGCAAGAGAACACAUUCUUCCUUUUCAAGAUAAGAAUGUCAAAUAUUUUCACGCUAGAGCAAAUUUCCAUCGUCGAAGGAAUCAGAUUGAUACCAUUCAAGAUUCUCAAGGUAUUUGGCAUUCUACUAGACCUACCAUUGAACAAAUUCUUAUCAAUCAUUUUGCUAAUAUUUCAACUACAAUCAAUCCUCAUAUGGACUCAUCUGUUCUCAGCCUUAUCUCUCCAUGUAUUACUUCUCAAGAUAAUGACAUGCUUACAACUAUUCUUAAGGCAGAUAAAAUUCGAAAUAUUGUUUUUCAAAUAAAAUCUUGGGCUGCACCGGGUCCAGAUGGGUUCUAUAAGCAUUGUUGGGAUGUGGUGGGGACUGAUGUUGUUUCAAUGGUUCAAGAGUUUUUCACUACAUGUAUUUUACUGCCACAACUUAACCAUACCUAUCAAACUCUAAUUACUAAGCAUGAUUGUGCUCAGACACCAUCCGACUUCUGUUCCAUAAAUUUAUGUAAUAUCACUUACAAGAUCAUAUCCAAGUUGAUGGCGGUUAGAUUGAAGACUCUUCUUGCAAAAAUAGUUUCGCCAUGGCAGGAAGCUUAUGUUCCAGGCCGUAACAUUAUGGAUAACACCAUUAUUUCUCAUGAAAUGGUGGACUACAUGAAAAAAACAAAGGUUUUACCUGGGGUUAUCGCUAUUAAAUUGGAUAUGGAUAAAACUACCUCUACUGUUUCUUUGAUGCUCAACGGUUCACCAACAACAAGUUUUACUCCUACCCGUGGUCUUUUCCAAGGUGAUCCCAUUUCACCUUAUUUAUUUAUAUUAUGUAUGGAAGGUUUUAGUCGCAUCAUUUCACAUGUUGUUUCGUCGAAUAUUAUUCUUCCAUUUAAACCAGCAAUUCACGCCCCUCACAUUUCCCAUUUAUAUUUUGCGGAUGAUUGCAUUUUGUUUACUCGAGAUUCGGGUUCCUCUAUCACGAAUUUGCUACAAAUUAUAAAUCGCUUUUGUGCUACUUCUGGUCAACUUGUCAAUUUCAAUAAGUCUAGUGUUCAUUUUAGUUCUAAGUUAAGUGAUUCUGCUAAAGCUGAUAUUUGUCAUAUGCUGCAAAUGAAACCUAUGCCUCUUCAUGAGAAGUAUUUGGGUGUUAGCCUUUUUAUUUCCAAAAACAAGACUAAAUGUUUUGAGAGCGCAAUUACUAAAAUGCAGUCCAGGCUUCCUGUUUGGCAAGGUAAACUCAUCAACCAAGCUGGUAGAAGCACUCAGAUUCAGUCAGUUUUGAACACUAUGAGACAAUAUCAAAUGGCUUGUCUACAUAUGCCUGAUUCUACCUUAAAGCAAAUGGAUUCAAUCCAACGUUGGUAUUGGUGGUGUCACAAGCGGACAAGAGUUAUGUGUUUUAAAUCCUGGUUUUAUGUUUGUUAUCCUAAACGUGAUGGGGGUCUGGGGUUUAAGAAUCUACGGGCUACAAAUGAGGCUUUCUUGACUAAGUUGGCUUGGCGCAUGGUUAACAAUCCUGAUGCUGAAUGGAUUAAGGUGCUAGAAGCUAAAUACUUCCAUAAUAUUAAUCCACUUCAUGGAGUUCGUACCACUAAAGGCCCAUGGGUCUGGCAAAGCAUACACAGAGGGCUGAAAUGGGUUAAACAAUUCCAUGUUUGGGAGAUAGGGGAUGGUACCAAGGUAAGAGAGUUCCAAGAUAACUGGAUUCCUAAUACUGUUACUACUACUUCAACAACUGCUCACUCUUCUUCUUCAGCGGAUGUCAAGCAAUGUUUCUAUCCAAGUCAGGUGCAAGCUAUCAUUUCUAUUCAUUUAUCUUAUACUAGUAAUGAUACCCUGCGAUGGUCUUUAACUAACAGUGGUGACUUCACUCUAAAGUAUACUUAUAGAGCAAUAUUGCAUUCUCUAUUUCCACCUCCUGUUACUAUAUACAAUGAAGCUUUUUGGUUGGGUCUUUGGCACCUUAAAUUUCCUUACAAGUGCCAUAGGUUCAUGUGGAAAUUAGCUCAUCAAAUUCUCCCAGUUCUUCAUCGUCUUGCUAGGCAUAUGCACAUCCAAAAUACUUCUUGUCAUUUUUGUAAUGCUCAGGAGGAAACUGUCACACACUUGUUUUUGAAUUGUCCAUUUUCUGCUGCUAUUUGGUCUCGCAUGUUACUUCAUUGGUCUGCCAUGAUUACCUCUCAGUCGUCUAUUACCAGUUGGUUACAAGGAUGGACAGAUUCAGCAAACAGCUUCACCUUUAAAGAUCAUCACACAGUUAAUAUGGUAGUGCAUGUUGCUUCGUUAAGGAAUCAGAAUUCAGACUGUUGUCAGAUGUCGGAUUCUUCAGCUAAUGAUGCUAACAGUUUCCAAUUGAAUGUGGAUGCUUCAGUUUUACCUAAUAAUCAUGUUGCAGGUAGUGCUUUUAUCCUUACUGAUUCAACUGGUUCUUUUGUAACAGCUACAAGGAAUGUAAUACAUGCAAAAAUAUUGGCCUUAUACAAAACUCUUUGCUGGUUAUGUUCACAUCAACCUUCUAACGUAGUUAUCUACUCCGACUGUAAAAAUUUAGUCGAUGGUUUGGGUGGGUCUGUAAAUAAUGUGUCUUGGAUUGAUCGGUCGUUGUUGUUUGAGUGUGUUAGUCUGUUACAUAGUUUGUCGAAUAUGACUAUACGUUACAUUCAUAGAGUGCAUAAUAAAGCAGCUGGCCAGCUUGCUAAGUUUGCAAGGUGUCAAUUUUGUAAUAUACAAUGGUGGUAUACUCUACCGGUUGUGCUCCAGUCUACUAUUACUGGAUCUAUGUAA